GGGGGCGCUUGCUCCGCACGCGGUGGAGUGGGCGGCGAGUGCAGGCCCGCGAGAAAAUCUGCUUGGUCCCAGGCAGCCGCUGCUGCUCCUUUGAUGUUUUGGUACGCCGUGCGCAUGCGCCUCACAUUAGAAUUACUGCACUGGGCAGACUAAGUUGGAUCUCCUCUCUUCAGUGAAACCCUCAAUCCCAUCAAAAACUAAAGGGAUGUGGAGAGUCCGGAAAAAGGGCUACUUUGGGAUUUGGUCAUUCCCCUUAAUAAUCGCUGCUGUCUGUGCACAGAGUGUCAAUGACCCUAGUAAUAUGUCACUGGUUAAAGAGACGGUGGAUAGACUCCUGAAAGGCUAUGACAUACGUCUGAGACCAGAUUUUGGAGGUCCACCAGUGGCCGUGGGAAUGAAUAUUGACAUUGCCAGCAUCGAUAUGGUUUCUGAAGUCAAUAUGGAUUAUACCUUGACAAUGUAUUUCCAACAAGCCUGGAGAGAUAAGCGGCUGUCCUAUAAUGUAAUACCUUUAAACCUAACUCUGGACAAUAGAGUAGCCGACCAGCUCUGGGUGCCCGAUACCUACUUCCUGAAUGAUAAGAAGUCAUUUGUGCAUGGGGUGACCGUCAAAAACCGCAUGAUCCGCCUGCAUCCGGAUGGGACUGUCCUUUAUGGCCUCAGAAUCACAACCACAGCUGCCUGCAUGAUGGACCUAAGGAGGUACCCGUUGGAUGAACAAAACUGCACUUUGGAAAUUGAAAGCUAUGGAUACACAACUGAUGACAUUGAGUUUUACUGGCGUGGUGAUGAUAAUGCAGUAACAGGAGUAACGAAGAUUGAACUUCCACAGUUCUCUAUCGUAGAUUACAAACUUAUCACCAAGAAGGUGGUGUUUUCCACAGGUUCCUAUCCCAGGUUGUCCCUCAGCUUCAAGCUUAAGAGAAAUAUUGGUUACUUUAUCCUGCAAACGUACAUGCCUUCCAUCCUGAUCACUAUCCUCUCCUGGGUCUCCUUCUGGAUUAAUUAUGAUGCUUCUGCUGCAAGAGUGGCAUUAGGAAUUACAACUGUCCUUACAAUGACCACCAUCAACACCCACCUCCGGGAGACUCUCCCUAAAAUCCCCUAUGUGAAGGCCAUUGACAUGUACCUGAUGGGGUGCUUUGUCUUUGUGUUCAUGGCCCUUCUGGAGUAUGCGCUGGUCAACUACAUCUUCUUUGGGAGGGGACCCCAACGCCAAAAGAAAGCAGCUGAAAAAGCUGCCAGUGCCAACAGUGAAAAGAUGCGCCUGGAUGUCAACAAGAUUUUUUAUAAAGAUAUUAAACAAAAUGGGACCCAAUAUCGAUCCUUGUGGGACCCAACUGGAAACUUCUCCCCAACUAGACGGACUACCAAUUACGAUUUCUCUCUGUAUACGAUGGACCCCCAUGAGAACAUUUUACUGAGCACUCUCGAGAUAAAAAAUGAAAUGGCCACAUCUGAAGCUGUGAUGGGACUGGGAGACCCCCGGAGCACCAUGCUGGCUUACGAUGCCUCCAGCAUCCAGUAUCGCAAACCUGGGUUGCCCAGGCAUAGUUUUGGCCGAAAUGCCCUGGAACGACACGUGGCACAAAAGAAAAGCCGCCUGCGAAGACGUGCCUCCCAACUGAAAAUCACCAUCCCCGACUUGACUGAUGUGAAUGCCAUAGAUCGGUGGUCCCGCAUAUUCUUCCCAGUGGUUUUUUCCUUCUUCAACAUCGUCUAUUGGCUUUACUAUGUGAACUAAAACAUAGCCUCUCACGGGAAGCAAGGACUAGAUUCCUCCUCAAACCAGUUGUACAGCCUGACGUAGGACUUGGAGAACACAUCAAUCCAGGACAAAAGUGAUGCUAAAAUACCUUAGUUGCUGGCCUAUCCUGUGGUCCAUUUCAUACCAUUUGGGUUGCUUCUGCUAAGUAAUGAAUACACUGAAGUCCUUGUGGUUUUCCAGUUAGAGUGCAAGUGAUUUGUACACAUGCUGACAAGAUUGAGUCUGAGUGUUCCACUUUAUCUGCUUAGUCUGCAGCCUACACAGAGGGGAGUUACCUAGAAGAUAUUCCUAGAAGGCUCGAUAGCACUGUCAGUCAUUUUGCUGAGAAGUGAUCAUAUCCAGAUACUUCCAUCUUCAUUCCUAAGGUUGGCAUGCUGUUGAGAUGGCACCAUGCUUAGAAAACAUUAUCCUCAAUGUCAUGUGAACAGGCUUAUGGAAGAUGGUCUGUACCUGUCUUAUUAAGGUGAUAACGGUGCCAUGGGAAGAUAAUUCCCACUGGAUUCUAGAAGGUUCUCGGGUAGUUCAAACAAGGUAGGGGGAGUCAAGACAGACUCAGGAAACCAACCUGGCCUGUUUCAGCUUGCUUGAGCACAGGGUAUCAACUGUGACAUCUUCCAUUUUGACAUUUAGAGACCAGGAGACUUCUAAAAGUUACUAUGUAUGGGGGCCAAAGAAAUUUUUCUAAAAAACUAUUUCCUAGAUGGUUAAAAGAAGAGUUAACAGCCCAGAGCAGAGUGGAAAAUCCAGAAAUAACUGUUGUAACAAAAUUAAAGCAAGCAAGCAUCAAGGCCCUUAUCAGCCCCACACAGCAUCUGGUCUAUACAUAUUGUGUUCAUUGGCAAAAGGUAGAACGAAACUUCUUUUUCCAAUCCCACAAACUUUUGACAGCAUACCUUCAGAGAUUUGUAUAUUUUAUGUAAUUAAAAGACAACCAUAAAAGAGAAAAGUUAGCCGAAUGAGAAUUACCAUAGAGGUAAGUAAGAUUGGAAGUCAUUUAAAUAUGCUAAUACAGAGCACAGACAAAAGCAAGCAAGCAGGUUGCUUUUCUACCACAGUGUCAGCUGUCUCUGCAACAUUUCCCUCUAAGUUUCUGUCUGAUUUUAAUAGGGAAUUUCAAAAGGAUUUGUUCGUUUCUUUAAAGGAUUAAUGAUCCUUUCCAGUUUUUCUUGCUUCUGAAAUUCUGAUUAUAUUCUUAAGAGACAAAGUAAGGCUUCAGAGAGAUUGAGCGAACUCUCUGUCUCCUUAUGUGCAAAGAAGUUCAUCCUUGUAUUUUACAUAGCAAACACUACUUCAAAGAUUAUGUGCACAAGUUAAUUGGUGGGUUUGUUAGGUUUGAGUUUUUUUCAAAAGGGUGCUUUCGUUAUAUAUGUUGCAAUCUCCCUAAUCAAGGAAAAUAUGAAAAUGAGUGGGAAAAUAGGAAACCAACAAAGCCACAUUAUCAUGAUGAAGGUUAUGAACCUCAGUUGAUACUGCAGAAAAAUAGCUAACCGAUCAUCAGGUAGGCACGAUGUAUAGUUGUUAUUCAAUUUUUAAAUUAUGUCAUUGUGCUUCUUGCUAUACGAAUUGGACACACACAUUUCCUAUUUGUACAGGAAGGAGAAUAAGCUAAUUUAUUUCUGUCAGUGUAAGGUUCGUAUUUUGCUUUUCUUGAAGAAAAUAGUGAAUUGCUAAAUUUUCCUUCAAGUUUGAUUUGAUUGAACUUUUUCUUGGAGGAUGACUUCGCUAUUUCUGUUUAAAAAAACAAAAAUCAUUUCCUUUCAGAGUAAUAUUCCUAAUUGUGCAUAGCCCAGUAUCUGCCGGUGGAUAAAAUGUUAUGUUUUCUUCCCCUAAUGAUUCAGCAGUUUGGAAUAUGAUAGAGCCAUGCUGACCUUCUAGUCCAAGUAUCCAAGAGAAAAGAAAAAAAAGAUUAGCACUUAACUUUGUAAAUUUGCCUCAAGAUCAGUUGAUAUUUUUCUCCCCCACCAGCACAGGGAACGGUGGCCCUUCUUUUAUUAUACACUUGAACACCUCUGAGUAUGAUCUUGGGGCAGAAUCCAAACAAGUUUCUGCCUAUAGGCUCAGAGUGGAGAUUCUUCAAGUUUCACCAGGGUCACACUUUCUCCUGGGCAAUCAUUUUGGGGCAUCACACUAAUAAAAGUUCCUGCCCUUUGUCUCCAGGGGUUAAAGUUUGCUUAGCAUAUAUCAGGAAGGAGCAUAUCAAUACCUCAGGUGCACAACUCCAAAACGCCAUUCUGGAAAGGUUUUUCUAGAGACAACUCAGAGCCCAACUCUAGAAGUGGGCUCUUAUUUGCAAUUAUCGCAAAAGCCAUAAAAAUCCUUGAUAUUGUCAUUUAAAAUUUUGAUAUUCAGAGACAUCAACAGAGUAAUCUAGAUCAAAGAGGAAAGAAGAAACUUAGCAGCAUGAGUGUCAAAAGCAUAUAACCAGGGAUUCAUUUCUGCUCCCAGUGAUGAGAAACUAGGAAAAGGAGAAAAGAUGGGACCUUAGAACAAAUGCCCUAGAGCAAAAUCCGUAUAUCAGCAUUCAAUAACCACGUAGGUAGAAACAAUUGAUCAUCCUGCCCAGAGGUAACAAUAGAUAUAGAAUGUGUUAUUAAACUACAUUUUUACUGGGGUUGAAUUGUAGUCACCAAAUUGGGGGAGGGUUGGGGAGGGUGCUAGAUCUCAUAACUCUACGAAGACCAGUCAGCUUGCUAUCCAAUGGUUAAAUUUAAGGACCACAAAAGUGUGUUCUGGAAAUUCUGAUGUGGUAGUACUAUCAGUUUAUACAUAUGCAUAUACUUUUUCUUUUUAUUAUGAAACAGCCAGAUAGCCAGCAAUUAAGGUGUUUUUCAUCUUUGUGAAAUUCAUAGGCAAAUUGUGACUCUAAAAUGCACAGCCUAAAUGAAAUAUUUGCUCUCAAUCUGUAUAUAUAUAGUACAUGACUGCUAGUAGGUAUGAAAUGCAUUUUCAGAAUUGAAAACUCAUGCAACAUAAUCAUGUGUUUGCAUAGGGAAUGUUACAGUUCUUUCCACUGCAAUUCACCAACGGGAAAAGACUUAAGCAGUGCCAUCUAGACCUUUUCUCUUCUCAUUUCUUCAAAAGCAGUGCUAAGUUAAAAAUAAUAAUAAUAAUAAAUAAUAAUAAUGGUUUAAGAACCAAAAUACUUUACAUUCUAGCAUUAGGAACACACACAAAAAAAAAACUGUUAGCUUCAAAAAGCACAAAACACAGACAAAGUUCAGUGGAAAGCAUAAUGGGAAAAUGAAUCGUGUUUAUUUUAAACAAGACCUGCAUUGAAUUGACAACUAAGACAAUUUUCAUUUUCUAUAGAUAACUGUGUUCCACUUUUUCAUUAAUUUCGUAUUCACCAACAAAAACAGCCAAAAUAUCAACAAACAAGAGGUAUGACAACAAUGUACAUGUAUAUAUGUGUAUAUAUAGAUCCAUAUAAACAUACAUACAUAUGUAUGCAUUCAUAUGUGGGAAAACGAGGAAUAAGCUAAUAUGUUUUCUUUCCUUCAUUAAGCCAGUGUAUGCAUAUUUUUAAUUUGGCCACCAACAAAUUCAAUGUUAAAACAAGUGAUACAGGGUACCGAGCAUUUCUCUAUCAGCAAAUCAAUACCUGCAGUUCCCACAAACCAUCGCACAGUUUGACACUAUCAUACUACUGUACCUCAGAACAUCGGCAAUUAACUAGUUCUCAGAUCGCUUGUCAACUUGCUCUCUCUUUCAAGGAAACAAAUAAUGUUGUCCAUUGGUGAUUUAAGAAUAAAAAUGUCUUAAGAAAACAGAAAAUGUUUUUAAAAAAUCCUUCUAGGAGGAGGAAAAAAAAAAUAGCUAAACCCCACCAUGUUGGUUAGGGCAAAUACUCUCAACUGUAGCAAUCACGCCAUUUUGCUAAGUGUACAGAGUCCAUGUAAUGUGAGCAGCCAUGACUUUCACUGAGCGUAUGUAAAUAUUGAAACAGAUUUCUUAAAUAUUUUUAACUUCUAAUUUGUAUUUUAUGGUAAGGCAAUGUGCUAAUUCUGUUUAUGGCUUAAGUUGAUGUGUUAUAAUAUUAUGUAAAUAAUUAAACAUGCUGUAAAUGAAUAGUCAGUAGAUACAAAUAAUUGUUUAGUUUUUUUCUUAAUUUUUGUUUAUUUUUUACUAAGUACAGUUACUGCAGUGCCCCAACAGAGUAAUUUAAACAUCAUUUUGCAUAAAUGGUUUGGAAUCCCAGACAGAAGGGUUUCAAUUUCCUGUUUCUCUCUCUCUCUCUCUCUCUCUCUCUCUCUCUCUCUCACACACACACACACACACACACACACACACACACACACUCACACGCACACGCACAUUCAACCACACAUACUCUUCCCCUUGCCUGUUCACUCACUCCUACUCUUGUCUCCUGUAUGGGAAACACAUAGUGUUUAUGUAGCGAAUGUAACAACGAAGAGAUAGCCUUAGAAAUGGCAAUGGGGAAAGCAAAAAUGAUUGAUAACUCGAAAGAGUUUUUUUAUGUGUCAGAGUUCAAGAAACCAAAGGUUGUAACUUAAAUCUCAGUUUUCAAAGAGUAAAAGUUUAUAUGGAUGGCACUACAGGAAAUAAAAAUGCUGAUUAUUCAUACCUGCUCCAGAAAUUUGUUAUACACAAUACAUACUAGAAGACUUUUUUUUUUAAAUAGUAGCAGUUUUGUCCUUAGAUAGUAUUCUUCCUUUCAACCAAAGACUCCAGAAGUAUUAAAAAACAAAAAAGGAAAGAAAAAAAGAGAAAAAUGAGGGAAAAUAAAAAAUAAAAAAAAAGACACUGCUUCACACCAAAGGUUUAAAAAACAUUUUCCAAAUACACUAAGAAAACUGUAAAAAAUAGUAAAGAGCCAAUAUAAUGCUAAUUAAGAUACUACCCUAAAGAAAUCAUGUAAGAAAAAGUAAAUAAAAGCAGCAGCACUCUUAAUAUUCGUUAUUUGGAAACUGAAGUAAAACAUUUCUGUAGAUAUAUGCGAAAUUCUGACGUUAGAUUUUAAUUUGCUUUGAGAAAUUCUUUUGUGAUAAAGGUAAAUAUGAUCCAAACUGAUGAAAAACAAAACUUGGUGUUUUUUAACUUUCACAAGCAAAUGUCUCUGUCCUGUCACAUGUUUACUAAUCGAUGCCCAUGUAUGUCCUUGUUCCAUCUGAAGCAAGUUGACACUUCUCUCAGCUUGUAUCUUUCCCUUUGCAGGUCAAUAAUUUGAGUUAAACCAUGGUCAGUCACUUUCAACAUUAUUAAUUCAAACAAGAUUGCAAAUAAUUUAAAUUCCAUCACUUUUUUAAAAUUUUUAUUUGCAUGGGUGUUUAAAUAGUUCUGUUGUGAAUAUUGUCCCUGCACAGUUCUGAUUUGUCCUUUUAUAAAAAGUGAUUCUAGUUUCUUCACAAUGUAGUGAUAAUCAGCCUUACUAAUUACCUUGUAGCCUUUCUUAUUAUGCACAUAAUGCACAUUUUUCCAAUGGCUAGAAAGUGCAAAACACAAGUGGAUAUCAUUGCAUUUAUUUUCAUGUUUUUUCUAAAAACAGGACUACUAAAAUCUCUGGGAUACAUGAGAUAGUAACAUAUGAGGAUUAUAGAUGAGUAGCCCAUAAGAAUUAUUUUCUUGAAUUUAAACGUAUGACAUUCAGUUUCAGCAUGUACAUAUAUAAUAAUGUUGGCUAGUGUGUAAUUCUUGAACUAAGAAAUAUAAAUAAAACUUAA